CUAAUAAUAUCAGUGUUGAUUUAAGUAUAAAGUGAUAAAGACGAUAUGCAACGUUAAAUUGUCCAUAGUUAUAUUGUAAAAUUUAUUAUAUUAUUAUGUGCAAGAAAUAUCAUACAUGUUGUUUGUUAAGUGAAAUAAGUGUCUUGUGAAGGAAAUAAUUUUUGAAGAGAGUAUAUAGAGACAUUAUAAUAAUAGGUUUUAAACUACAAGGAGCUGUGGUAAUUAUAGCACCAGUGAGCAUUGGUUUUCUUACCUUUGUACUUGUAAUCAAUGAAAUCAUUUCGAUUCUAAAAUACACUUUAACUGAUAAAAUUGGAUAAAAAACACUUUAUUUUUUCUUCAAAGGAUAUAUUCUUUCCUUUACACACAACGAUUGACAAAAAACAUGAAAAUGUUAUAGUUUAAACGGAAGCAAAAAAGCUAAAAUAAUUAAAAAAGAGUUUAAAGAAUCAUUUAAAAAUACCAAUUGAAAUAUACACGGGGCUUAUCUGACAUCGUUUUGUAAUACAACAAAGGAAACUCCGACAAAAGCACACAUAUUUUCCAAUGAUCUUUUUAUGAUAGUCUUAAGCGUAAGAUGCUUCGAUUGAAAUUUUAGAAUUUGGAGGAACAAAGGGAAAUAAAUUUGAUCUUAUAACAGUAUUGUUAAACAUAAAAGUUAAACGAUUAAAAUCUUCCUUUGUAUGAGAUAGUGUUUUCUCACGACCAAGGAUGCAAACAUAAUCCGAACUUCAGUGUCAAAUUUAUUUCUGUUUUGAUUCAAUUGUGAACCGGAAUGUAUGUUGUGUAUUUAGUAUUUUGUGCUAUUAAUGUGAGAGAUUUUAAAUGUUAUUAAACAUUCUUCUGAAGUGUUUUUUAUGAACGUAUUAAAAAGAAACGGCACAAUUUAUAGUUCAAAACAAAAAAGUGUAUGAUUUCAUAAUCACUAUUGAGGAGAUGUAGAAGUAAAAGUUGUGAGUUCACUUUUCUCCAAAUGGAGAAUGGAAUAAUACCGUUACGACACGGAAGUUUACCUGGUGCUUUGCGAUUGCCUAAAAGAUAUGAAAAAUUCUCCAAAGACGAAAUGUCGCCUGGUUUGUCGUCUGCUUCAAAACGGAAGUCAUCGAUCAUCAUUGAGCACGAGGAGACAGAAGAUGAACGAAUGCGGGAUAUGAUGCAAGCCAUUAUGUGGGUGAAACAAGAGCUCAUACUGUUGAGACAACAUGAUAUUUUACUUAAAAGACAAUUCUGUGAUAUUCAAGACACUAUCCACUCAUUGACCAAAUCCAGGAAAUACAGAAAAAGUCCCGCGACAGACUCCACUACAAGUCUACAAUCAACUGAAGGCAGUGAAUUUGGACUAGACAAUUAUUCAGUACGAUCAGCGUCAAGUGUCACAGCAUUGGACGGUACCGAUACAGAUGAAGAAGAUGACGCUUUUCGUCCACGAACAUGUUCUAUGAAAACAACGCGAGAUCUUGCAGCUCUCGCGAGAAGAAGAGGGAGCAAGGAAUUGAUAUAAAAAUGCGAACAAUUGGCGUUAUCUAUGUCACGGUUCAGAACUGUUCACUAUUUAGGGGAGAAGAUGUGUAAGCGGCCGGAUAGCUCAGUCGGUAGAGCCGCGGUACGGUAUUCCGAGGGUCCCGGGUUCGAGUCCCGGUCAGGCUGCACAUUUUUCUCACCCUGUGACAUUUGGCGCCCAA